UUUCUAUACGUUGUUAUCCAAUUGUAAUGUCAGGCAUAUGAAGAGCUGGAAAAUUCCUGAAGAGUGGUAUGUAUGUACCUCUAUACUGCGUAUAGCAGUAGGUGUGGGCUCCGGCCGCCGCGCCCCGCCGCGGGGUUAAAAAACAAAUUCUCAGCGCCGGAUUGUUCCCGUUAACAAUCCUGCGAAUUGAUCAGAAUUUUAUAGUGCCGGCACAUACCAAACCACCAGCUUUAAGUGACUGCUGAUAGAGAUGGAGGAGGCGAAGAGAGCUCAAGAAACGGCCAAUGGCGCUUCACCACCAAACACAGAUGAGCCACCUACUAAACGGAUCAGGCUCGACGAUGGCUCUCCAGCGGUUGAGGCUGGCGUGCCGAAGAAGCCAAGAGAGAAGAUGAGAGGGAUGGCCUUUAUCAAAGAGGAGUAUCUCGUCUUCCCGCCUGGAGCGGCCGGUGCUGCCAAGGAUAGCACGGCCAUCGAUGACGACGCAGCCGAGGGUCGCACCGCUCCUGACGCUCGCGGUGCGCGUCAGGAUUCCCGUGGCAACGGUUCUCAGGGCCAGAGAAAGAAGCAGAAAGGCCAGAACCAGCAACGUGACUUUGGCCGGUUUUCUGAUUCCAUCCGUCUUUGCAACUCCCUCGCGCACUCGCCUGAAUUCUCCCCUGGACAGUGCAGGAUGGGAGAUCGCUGCAAGUCUCUUCACGAUCUCCGGAAGUAUCUAAAGGAAGGUCGCCGCGGUGACCUCGAGUCUUUCGGUGGCAAAUGCCCGACCUUUGAGGCCUAUGGCAAAUGUUCUUCCGGCUGGCGAUGCCGCUUCCUCUCGAGUCACAUGAAGGAGGUCGAGAGAGAGGACGGCCGGAAGGAAUUGAUUCUUGUCGAGGACGCUAGCAAGAUAUAUGUGGCAGGCGAUAACGUUGAUGACCAGUAUCCGGGUGUGGUGAACGUCGUGCCCGCAACGAGCAAGUCGGACCUUGAGAAGAAACGGGUCAAAUUUGAAGAUGCGGACAAGUUUAGCCAGUGGCUCGAGAAGGACGCAGCUCUGUAUAACAGCCUUCACAACAAGCGCAAGGACGAAGGAGGCGAUCACAUCGAAGAGUAUCGCGCCCAAUAUGUCGACCCUCCUCUGAAGCCUUCGGAAAAGAGACGGAUCUACUUUGGGCGAGAGACCCCAGUCUUGGCUCCGUUGACAACUCAGGGGAACCUACCAUUCCGGAGGUUAUGCGUGGAGCUCGGAGCUCAGGUCACUUACUCCGAGAUGGCGUUAGGGUUACCGCUCAUCCAGGGUCAGAAGGCUGACUGGGCACUCAUGAAAGCCCACGAGAGCGAGAUCAGCCCCCCUCGCAUUGCCCCUGGCAGCCCAAUUGUCAAAGGCUACGAUAACUCGAAGGACCUCAAGUUCGGAGCGCAGAUAGCCACAAACGCCCCCUGGAUUGCGGUCAAGGCAGCCGCGGCGCUGUCCCGAUAUCUUCCCCAUCUUCGCCUCAUUGAUCUCAACUGCGGAUGCCCCAUCGACAUGGUAUUCAACUCAGGAGGCGGGUCUGCCUUGCUCGAUUCGCAGGCGAAGUUGGAGAGGAUGGUUCGGGGGAUGAAUGCGGUGUCAGGGGAGAUUCCCAUCACGAUUAAAAUCAGAAUGGGCGUCAAAGACGGAAAGCCGACCGCCCACAAGCUCGUCGAACGCAUGGCGUUUGGUAGCCCGGAGUUGCGUGACACGCUCGGCGCCGCGGGAUGCGCCGCAGUCACACUGCACGGCCGGACCCGCCAGCAGAGAUACACCAAGGUCGCUGACUGGGGCUAUAUCGCCGAAUGUGCGGCACUGAUCAAGUCGUACCAGAAGAAACAAGGCGACUUGACGGAUACGAUCCGUGAAGUCGAGGAAAACACCCUGGCCAAUACCCCUGGGGGGAAGAUGUAUUUCCUGGGCAACGGCGAUUGCUACUCACACGUUGAAUAUUUCAACCAUAUUGACGAAGCCAAGGUGGACAGUGUGAUGAUCGGGCGAGGCGCCAUCUUCAAGCCGUGGAUCUUUGAGGAGAUCGAGAAGGGGCAAUUCCUGGACAAGUCGGCGACCGAGAGGUUGACCUAUAUCGAGAAGUUCUGCCGCUACGGACUAGAAGCCUGGGGGUCGGACGAACUCGGCAUCGGCUUCACAAGGCGGUUCCUCCUCGAGUUCCUCAGCUUUUUCUACCGGUACAUCCCUCUUGGCGUUCUCGAGCACUGUCCGGCGAGCCUAAAUGAUCGGCCACCUGCGUAUCGAGGAAGAAAUGAUCUGGAGACCAUGUUGGCAAGCGAUAACUACAAGGACUGGGUCAAGAUCAGUGAGAUGUUCCUCGGUCCCACCCACCCCGAUUUCAAGUUCCAGCCGAAGCACAAAUCGAACAGCUAUGAGAUAGAAGCUGAAGGUUAAUUUGGGGAGCCGAGCCGAGCCGAGUCAGCCCUGCCGGCAGUGCCUCUCUCGUUGCCAGAGCAAACAUGAUGGCUGAGACAAGCAACCAAUUUUCAUGAAUGUUAGCUCGAUCGAGGUGCGAGAGAGCCUAUAAGGGCGUAACUGGGAUGGGUGA